CAUCCAGAACUCCAUUCCCCGUCGGCCCUCGCGGCCAAGGCUGUCGUCUCUUCCUGUUUUGGGGACGAGGAAUCCUGAGGCGCAAAUUGUGAGGAUUUCAGAAGAGGGUCCCUCAUCUUCUCACGAGGUUCUCGGAGACCGACGGCUCGGCCUGCUCAGUGCUUAGCCUCUGAACAACAUGGCCAAGAUGGAUAGUGAUUCCAGGCAUCUUCUCACAUCCGAAGGAGAACCUGAAGUACAGCCUGGACCUAUGAACAUCCAAUUUGAUUCUUCAGACCUAAAGUCUAAAAGGCCUUUCUAUAUAGAGCCCACAAACAUCGUCAAUGUGAAUGAUGUCAUUCAGAGGGUUAGCGACCAUGCCUCUGCGAUGAACAAGAGGAUUCAUUACUACAGCCGGCUCUCCACUCCUGCAGACAAGGCACUGAUUGCCCCUGAUCAUGUAGUUCCAGCUCCAGAAGAGUGUUAUGUAUACAGUCCCUUAGGAUCAGCUUAUAAACUUCAAAGCUACUCUGAAGGACAUGGUAAAAACACCAGUUUAGUAACCAUUUUUAUGAUUUGGAAUACCAUGAUGGGAACAUCUAUACUAAGUAUUCCUUGGGGCAUAAAACAGGCUGGAUUUACUACUGGAAUGUGUGUCAUCAUACUGAUGGGUGUUUUAACACUUUAUUGCUGCUACAGAGUAGUGAAAUCACGGACUAUGAUAUCCUCGCUGGGUACCGCUACCUGGGAAUAUACCGAUGUCUGCAGAUACUAUUUUGGCUCCUUUGGGCAGUGGUCGAGUCUCAUCUUCUCCUUGGUGUCCCUCAUUGGAGCAAUGAUAGUUUACUGGGUGCUUAUGUCUAACUUUCUUUUUAAUACUGGAAAAUUUAUUUAUAAUUUUGUUCAUCACAUUAAUGACACAGACACUAUGCUAACAACCAACAGUAGUGACCUUGUUAUCUGUCCAAGUGCCAGGAAUGGUGACCAUCCUGACAACAACUCUAUCUUCUAUACCAAUGACACGGAAGUUCAGCAAUUUGAAAAGUGGUGGAAUAAAUCUAAGACAGUGCCCUUUUAUCUGAUAGGGCUCCUCCUGCCAUUGCUCAAUUUCAAAUCUCCUUCAUUUUUUUCAAAAUUUAAUAUUCUAGGCACAGUAUCUGUUCUGUAUUUGAUUUUCCUUGUCACAUUCAAGGCUAUUCGCUUGGGAUUUCAUUUGGAAUUUCAUUGGUUUGUGUCAACAGAUUUUUUUGUACCAGAGAUAAGAUUUCAGUUUCCACAGCUGACGGGUGUGCUUACCCUUGCUUUCUUUAUUCAUAAUUGUAUUAUCACACUCUUGAAGAACAACAAGAACCAAGAAAACAAUGUAAGGGAUCUGUGCAUUGCUUACAUGCUGGUGACGUUAACGUAUCUCUAUAUUGGAGCUCUGGUUUUUGCUUCAUUUCCUUCCCCACCAUUAUCCAAAGAUUGUAUUGAGCAGAACUUUUUAGACAACUUCCCCAGCAGUGACAUCCUGUCCUUCAUUGCAAGGAUAUUCCUGCUGUUCCAGAUGAUGACGGUCUACCCGCUCCUAGGCUACUUGGCUCGAGUCCAGCUGUUGGGUCAUAUCUUCGGUGACGUUUAUCCUAGCAUUUUCCAUGUGCUGAUCCUUAAUCUGAUUAUUGUGGGAGCUGGAGUGAGCAUGGCCUGUUUCUACCCAAACAUAGGAGGGAUCAUAAGGUACUCAGGAGCUGCCUGCGGCCUGGCCUUUGUUUUCAUAUAUCCCUCCCUCAUCUACAUAAUUUCCCUCCACCAAGAAGAGCGUCUGACAUGGCCUAAGUUAAUCUUUCACAUGUUCAUCAUCAUUUUGGGCCUGGCUAACCUCAUUGUUCAGUUUUUUAUGUGAAAUAUUCAACUGUUUUCUCAAGAUCGUUCGUGGUACUUCAAGCCUUGACAACAGUUCUACAUAAAUUGACUUAUCAGUGC